AUGGAGCUGCCAUCGGCGCCCGUUUUGGGCUUCAAGGAGGCGCUGGUGGGGCUGAAGGCCUCGGAGCUGCAGAAGGGCGUCGCGGAGCGCUCCAAGGGCCCCCUGGUGUCCGAUUCAGGCGAUUCCAUUUCAGGCGAUGCAGUGAAGCUGGUGUCUAUGGGUGCCUUGGUGGGCACUGGCCUCCGCAGCCGAGCCCUCCGUGCCGCGCGGGCGCAGCGCGCGCAGCGCGCGCGGGUGCCGCGGAGACUGUUUGGCAACAUGGAACAACUGAAUCCGUUCUACGAGGCCCCCGAGAAGCAGACUCAGAAGCGCUAUGAGCCACAAGUUCAGGCCAUCAACGCGCUCGAGGAGACCAUGAAAGCGAAGUCCGACGACCAGCUUCGUGCUCUGACGGCGGACCUGCAGCAGCGUGCGCAGAGUGGGACGCCCUUGGAGGAGCUUUUGCCCGAGGCCUUUGCGCUGGUGCGUGAGGGCUCCACUCGUGUGUUGGGCUUGCGCCACUUUGAUGUGCAGCUCAUGGGAGGCAUUGCGCUCCACGAAGGCAACAUCGCGGAAAUGGGCACCGGCGAGGGUAAGACCCUUGUGGCCAUCUUGGCAGCCUUUCUGAACGCUCUCAGCGGGAAGGGUGUCCACGUGGUCACGGUGAACGACUACUUGGCACGGCGCGAUGCGGAAUGGGUGGGACAGCCCUUGCGCUUUUUGGGCAUGACCGUGGGUGUGGUUCAGAAUGGAAUGCCACCGGAUCAAAAGAAGAAGGCCUAUCGCAAUGACGUGACCUACGUCACCAACAGUGAGCUCGGCUUCGAUUACUUGCGCGACCAGAUGGCGCCCUCCCCCUCCGAGCUGGCGCUGCGCGAGCAGACGCCCUUCAACUUCGCGGUGGUCGAUGAGGUGGACUCGAUCCUCAUUGAUGAGGCGCGAACACCUUUGAUCAUCUCCGGCGUGGCGGAUAACACACCAACCAAGUACAAGGUGGCUCAGGAGGUGGUGCGUGCGUUGAAGCCGGAGGUGCACUACACCGUUGAUGAGAAGCAGCGUCAGUGCGUGCUCAUCGAGGGCGGAGUGGAAGCGGCCGAGAAGCUCCUGGGGAAGGAUGACCUCUUUGAUCCUGAGGACCCCUGGUUCCCCUUUGUCACCAACGCUCUGAAUGCCAAAGAGCUCUACAUCAAAGACAAGGCCUACAUCGUGAAGCGUGGCGAGGUCAUGAUCGUGGAUGAGUUCACAGGCCGUGUCAUGGAGGGCCGACGCUGGAGCAAUGGUCUGCACCAGGCCAUUGAGGCCAAGGAGAAUGUGCAGAUCCAGGCUGAGUCCGUGACCUUGGCCAGCAUUUCCUACCAAAGCCUUUUCCGUCUCUUUGACAAGCUGAGUGGCAUGACGGGUACAGCCUUCACUGAAGCGAAGGAAUUUGAGGAGGUCUACAAGUUGAAGACCGUCGUCGUGCCUCCAAAUCUGGUGAGGAAGCGUGCAGACAAGGACGAUCAGGUCUAUGUGGAUGACAUCGGCAAGUGGAAGGCCGUGGCACGCGAGGUGGAGAAUGCCCACCGCAUUGGGCGACCGGUGCUCAUCGGGACCACGAACGUGGAGAACUCCGAGAUCAUCGCCGAGCUCCUGGACGCCUUGGGUGUGGCCUAUCAGCUGUUGAACGCGAAGCCGGAGAACGUGGCGCGCGAGACGGAGAUCGUGGCAUCCAGUGGCCGGAAGUACGCGGUGACCAUUGCCACCAACAUGGCUGGUCGAGGUACAGACAUCCUGCUUGGUGGAAACCCUUCCAUGAUGGCCAGGCUCCGGCUCCGCGAGGAGCUUUACAGCAAGCUUUUCCCGAAGAAAUCCUGGGCCAUGCCCGAGGAGUUCUAUCCGGUGGACCUCACACCUGAACUGGAACAGCAGGUCAGCAAUGCUGUGUCGCAAACGGUGGAGGCCUGGAAGCCCAAGGAGACCGACUUGAAGCCCACCUCCUUGGAAGCGGCGGAGCAAAUCGUUUCUCAGGGCAAGCUCUCUGAGCUGGACGCUGAGGAGCGGCUCUCGUUGGCCUGUGAGAAGGCACCCACCGAGGAUGAGGUGAUUUUGCAGCUUCGCGAAGCCUACAAGGCCUUGGCGGCACACUACAAGCAGAUCACCGACUUGGAGAAGGAUGAGGUUCGAGCCUUGGGAGGUCUCUUGGUGUUGGGCACCGAGCGCCACGAGUCUCGGCGAAUCGACAACCAAUUGCGUGGCCGGUGCGCGCGGCAGGGCGAUCCGGGCGCUACGCGUUUUUUCCUCAGUUUGAAUGACACGAUUUUCCGCAUCUUUGGAGGCGACAACAUCAAGAAGAUGAUGAGCAUGAUGAGCUUGAGCCAGAGAGAUGAUGUGCCACUGGAGUCGGGGCUUUUGUCCAACUCCUUGGAGGAGGCGCAGAAGAAGGUCGGCGUCUCUCCUCCCCCCACAUGCGACCGCGCUUCGCUCUCCGUGCAAGAACCGGCGCCGAACGUUGGGUUCGGCGAGGAAGUGGAGGAAGUGUUGGAAGGUUAGGGAAGCUGACUGGAAGCGCCUGAAGGCUUGAACGUCAUAAAUGGCCUGAAUAUGAAGGUUUAUCGAUGCUAUAUAAAUAUACUGUAUUAUACAAAAAACAGCUUCAGGGGUGACUACAAUCCCUUUUUUGGAAGUUUUUGGGACCCCACAAUUGUGGCCGCUGCGCCGUGCGCACCAUCCUCUCUGGCCGGGUAUCGUUGUUCCGCAGCUGCUGCGGCUUCAAGCAACAUGAACCUCUGAUAUUCUGAUCUUCU